CUUGACGAUUCGAGCGAGAUAUUAGAAGGAGAUAACUAAGAAGGGGAGCUUAUUGGACGGAAACAAGGAGUUUACCCCCCAUAACUUUGUUCCUUCCUUACCGAACGUAAAGGUUAAACCAGCAGAACCCAUUAGAGUUAUCGAAAUUGCCGUCUUUCGAACUCAUCUUGCUUUCGACCUAUCCUUAAUCCUAUUUACCUAAGUAUUUCGACCUCACGCCGCCCAAAAUGCGUCCAGAAGUCGAGCAAGAGCUCGCUCAUACCUUACUAGUUGAGCUUCUUGCCUACCAGUUCGCCUCUCCCGUGAGGUGGAUCGAAACUCAAGAUGUCUUCCUCGGCGAGAAGACCGCUGAGCGUAUCGUCGAAGUUGGACCAGCGGAUACAUUAGGUGUAAUGGCAAAAAGAACAAUCGCAUCCAAGUAUGAAGCUUUUGAUGCUGCCAAAUCUAUCCAGCGACAGAUCCUCUGUUAUAAUAAAGACGCAAAAGAGAUCUAUUACGACGUAGAUCCGAUUGAGGAGGAACAAGAGCCAAGCCCCGCAACACCGGAGGCGUCACCAAGCUCUGCGGCAACACCCGCCGCGGCGGCUGCCCCAGCUGCUACUGCUCCCGCACCUAGUGCAGGCCCUGCCGCAGCUGUAGAUGAUGCUCCGGUAUCCGCCCUUGAAAUAGUUAGAGCAUUGAUUGCGCAGAAGUUGAAGAAGCCAUUCUUAGAAGUACCUUUAAGCAAAGCUAUUAAAGAUUUAGUUGGAGGAAAAUCUACCCUCCAAAAUGAAAUUCUCGGAGACUUAGGAAAAGAAUUCGGAUCAACCCCCGAAAAACCAGAAGAUACCCCUAUAGAUGAAUUGUCAGGAUUAAUGCAGGCGACCUUCAAUGGUCAGCUUGGGAAGCAGUCUCAGUCACUUAUUGCCCGCCUAAUUUCUUCCAAGAUGCCUGGCGGGUUUAAUAUGACAACCGCACGCAAGUACCUCGAGACCAGAUGGGGCCUCGGUCCUGGUAGACAAGACGGAGCUCUCAUCCUAGCUAUUACUAUGGAGCCACCAUCACGUCUAGGCUCGGAAAACGACGCCAAAACGUAUCUAGAUGACGUUACGCAGAAAUAUGCUGCUAACGCAGGUAUCAACUUAUCCACUGCCGCUGCCGCCGGCCCGGCGUCUGGCGCUUCCGGCGGUAUGAUGAUGGAUCCUGCAGCUAUCGAUGCGCUUACCAAAGACCAGCGAGCUUUGUUCAAGCAGCAGUUGGAGUUACUCGCGAGAUACCUGAAAAUGGACCUUCGAGCAGGCGACAAGGCUGCACAGACAUCGCAAGAAUCGCAGCAGGUGCUGCAGGCACAGCUAGACCUCUGGAGUGCUGAGCAUGGUGAUUUCUAUGCAGCGGGUAUCGAACCCGUUUUUAGUCCUCUUAAAGCACGCACUUACGAUUCUUCUUGGAAUUGGGCCCGUCAAGACGCUCUCAGCAUGUAUUAUGACGUUAUUUUUGGCCGGUUGCAAGUUGUCGACAGAGAAAUUGUGAGCCAGUGUAUCCGCAUCAUGAGCAAAUCGAACCCCUUACUGCUUGAAUUCAUGCAAUAUCACAUCGAUAACUGCCCGACGGAACGCGGGGAGACCUAUAAACUCGCUAAGGAGCUCGGGCAACAGCUCAUCGAAAACUGCAAAGAUGUCUUGAAUGUGCCGCCGGCUUACAAGGACGUGGCCGUACCUACCGGCCCCCAUACAACCAUCGACGCCCGUGGAAAUCUUAACUAUGAAGAAGUUCCUCGACAGAGCUGUCGUAAGCUCGAGCAUUAUGUCCAACAGAUGGCUGAAGGUGGAAAGAUCUCCGAGUACGGUAAUCGGACGAAAGUGCAGAAUGACCUAGGACGUCUUGUGAAGCUCAUCAAGGAACAGCACAAAAUGUCAAAAACCGCGAAGCUUGAAUUCAAGAAUCUCUACAGUAAUGUUCUCCGCUCGCUGGCAAUGAAUGAGAGCCAGAUAUUACCUAAGGAUACCGGAAAAGCAAGCAGUUUAAUCAAGAAGGCCGCCUUGAAAGCCAAUGGUCAAAACGGCAAGGGCAAGAUGGAGACUAUUCCUUUCUUGCAUCUUAAGCGCCACAACUUGCACGGGUGGGAAUAUAGCAAGAAGUUGACUGGUAUCUACCUGGACUGUCUAGAGGAAGCUGCCAAGUCUGGCGUCACUUACCAAGACAAACAUGUCCUCAUGACUGGAGCAGGUGCUGGCUCAAUUGGUGCUGAAGUCCUCCAGGGUCUGAUCAGCGGGGGUGCCAGAGUCAUUGUCACAACCAGUCGAUUUUCGCGACAGGUGACCGAGUACUACCAGGCAAUGUACGCCAGGUACGGCGCUCGCGGCUCUCAACUCGUCGUUGUCCCAUUCAACCAAGGUAGCAAGCAGGAUGUGGAAGCGCUUGUCAACUACAUUUACGAUCCUAAGGACGGUCUCGGAUGGGAUCUCGAUUACAUCGUGCCAUUUGCUGCCAUAUCCGAGAACGGCCGCCAAAUCGAUGGGAUUGAUUCAAAGUCUGAACUUGCUCACCGUAUCAUGCUGACCAACCUUAUCCGGCUCUUGGGUUGCGUGAAGACUCAGAAAUCCGAGCGAGGUUUUGAAACUCGACCCGCCCAGGUCGUCAUCCCUCUAUCUCCUAAUCACGGCACAUUUGGUAACGAUGGUCUAUACUCAGAGUCCAAACUCGGCCUUGAAACUUUAUUCAACCGUUGGCACUCGGAAGAUUGGGCCAACUAUCUUACCAUAUGCGGUGCCGUUAUCGGUUGGACCCGUGGCACUGGUCUCAUGUCCGGUAACAAUAUUGUGGCCGAAGGUGUUGAGCAAUUUGGCGUGCGUACAUUCUCACAGCAGGAGAUGGCAUUCAACCUCCUCGGUCUCAUGUCUCCUGAUAUCGUAGACCUAUGCCAAAAUGAGCCUGUGUUCGCAGAUCUGAACGGAGGUCUCCAGUUCAUUCCUAAUUUGAACGAUGUCAUGACCCGGUUGCGUAAGAAUAUCAUGGAAACCAGUGAAAUUCGCCGAGCAGUCACUAAAGAGACGGCAAUUGAGAACAAGAUCGUGAAUGGCGAAAAUUCAGAAGCACUAUACAAAAAGAAGAUCAUUGAACCGCGUGCCAACAUCAAAUUCGAUUUCCCGCCGCUUCCAAACUGGGAAAAGGAAAUUCAGCCUCUCAAUGACAGUUUGAAGGGUAUGGUGGACUUGGAGAAGAUCGUUGUCGUCACUGGUUUCUCCGAAAUAGGUCCAUGGGGUAACUCGAGAACACGCUGGGAGAUGGAAGCUUACGGCGAGUUCUCAUUAGAGGGGUGUGUCGAGAUGGCGUGGAUCAUGGGCCUGAUCAAGAAUCACAACGGCCCCAUUAAAGGCCAGCCUUACUCCGGUUGGGUUGACGCCAAGACCGGUGAGCCGGUUGAGGACAAAGAUGUGAAGCAGAAGUACGAGAAGUAUAUUCUUGAACACUCUGGUAUACGUCUUAUCGAGCCAGAGCUCUUCGACGGGUACGAUCCCAACAAGAAGAUGAUGUUGCACGAAAUCCAGCUUGAAGAAGACCUAGAACCAUUUGAGGGAUCUAAGGAGACAGCUGAAGAAUUCAAGCGACAGCACGGCGAUAAGUGUGAAAUUUUCGAGAUCCCAGAGACCGGCGAGUAUACUAUUCGUCUCAGGAAGGGUGCCACCCUCUGGAUUCCAAAGGCUCUCAAGUUCGACCGCCUCGUUGCUGGACAGAUUCCUACAGGCUGGGAUGCUAAGAAGUAUGGUGUGCCCGACGACAUUGUCUCUCAGGUCGAUCGCGUGACAUUAUACGUGCUCGUCUCUGUUGCCGAGGCGCUCCUCUCCUCGGGUAUCACUGACCCAUACGAAUUCUACAAGUACGUCCACGUAUCCGAAGUUGGCAACUGCAUCGGCUCGGGUCAAGGUGGUAUGAACGCGCUCAAUGGCAUGUAUACUAAGCGCAAGAUGGACCACGACAUUCAGAAGGACAUCUUGCAGGAGUCUUUCAUCAAUACAAUGGCUGCCUGGGUCAACAUGCUUUUGCUAUCUUCCUCCGGCCCUAUCAAGACCCCCGUUGGCGCUUGCGCUACGGCAGUGGAAUCAGUUGAUAGUGGUUACGAAGCCAUCAUGGAAGGCAAAGCACGCAUCUGCUUGGUCGGUGGUUUUGACGAUUUCGGCGAAGAGGGCUCGUUCGAGUUCGCCAACAUGAAGGCGACAAGCAACAGUGUUGACGAGUUUGCGCACGGGCGCACGCCGCAGGAAAUGUCGCGUCCAACCACCACGACCAGAAGUGGAUUCAUGGAAUCCCAGGGUUGUGGUAUCCAAAUCAUUAUGACGGCCAAGUUAGCACUUGAUAUGGGUGUGCCGAUAUAUGGUGUCCUUGCUCUUACCACUACUGCAAGCGACAAGAUUGGCCGUUCCGUUCCAGCUCCCGGGCAAGGUCUAUUAACCACCGCUCGGGAAGCUCCCAGCAAGUUCCCAUCGCCGCUCCUAGAUCUGAAGUAUCGUCGUCGACAAGUUGAGCUGCGCAAGAGGCAGAUUCGUAACUGGAAAGAAUCUGAGCUGGAGUACUUGUAUGAAGAGGUGGCAGCUAUGCGGGCACAAGGUCACGAGUUCGACGAAAAAGAGUAUACACAGGCUCGUGCUGUCCAUAUCGAGAAGGAAGCGGAGAGGCAGGAGAAGGAGGCUGUACGAAGUCUCGGAAACAACUUCUGGAAGCAAGACACUACAAUCGCCCCGCUCCGAGGAGCCCUUGCUACUUGGGGUCUGACGAUAGAUGAUCUGGAUGUCGCUUCCUUCCACGGUACAUCAACCAAGGCCAAUGACAAGAACGAGUCAUCUGUUAUCUGCCAGCAAUUGCGCCACCUCGGUCGGAAGAAGGGAAAUGCUCUUCUCGGUAUAUUCCAAAAGUACCUCACUGGUCAUCCCAAGGGUGCUGCUGGAGCCUGGAUGUUCAAUGGUUGCUUGCAGGUUUUGAACACUGGUUUAGUUCCUGGCAACCGCAACGCCGACAACGUAGACAAGGAAAUGGAGAAAUUCGACUUGAUUGUCUACCCCAGCCGAAGUCUCCAGACCGACGGUAUUAAGGCCUUCUCGCUUACUUCAUUCGGCUUUGGUCAAAAGGGUGCUCAGGUAAUCGGUGUCCACCCACGGUACUUGUAUGCCUCGUUGGACAAGAGCACCUACGAAGAAUACAGCGCGAAGGUACUUUCUCGUCAAAAGAAGGCAUACCGUUACAUGCACAACGGUAUUGUCAACAACGCCAUCUUCCAGGCCAAGGACCACGCACCGUACACCGAGGAUCAGCUUCACUCAGUUCUCCUAAAUCCUGAUGCCAGAGUUGCAGAGAGCGGAAAGACGGCCGAGCUUAUCUUCCCCGCCGACUUCGCCCAGCGAGCUACCAAGCCGCAUAUCAUGAAGGCAAAGAGCACCAAGGAAAUGGUGGAAAGCCUAGCGCAGAGCCUUCAGACCGGAAAGAAUAAUAAGGUUGGCGUUGACGUAGAAGACAUCGCGGCCGUUAAUAUCGAAAACCCCACCUUUAUCGAGCGGAAUUUCACAGAUAAGGAGAUUGCGUAUUGCCAAAAGACACCCAGCCCGCAGAGCUCCUUCGCGGGCCGCUGGAGCGCCAAGGAAGCAGUCUUUAAAAGUCUAGGCGUGCCGAGUAAGGGUGCAGGAGCCCCUCUGAAAGAUAUCGAAAUCCUGCCCAACGAAGCCGGCGCCCCUAUUGUUACUCUUCAUGGCGAUGCCCAAGAUGCUGCAAAGGAAGCGGGUGUUAAGGAAAUCAGUGUCUCCAUUUCGCACUCGGAAACGCAAUCUAUAGCCAUUGCGGUUGCGACAUUUUAAUCCCGUUCUUCUACCGCACUUGUUUUUUGUAAUGAUCGGCGGGGCACGGUGUUCGCGUAAUGGGGCACGUUUUUUCCGUUCAUGAUGUAUAUUCUCUGUAGAAAAAAGAAUUAAGGAAAUGGUGCGAGUUGGGAUCGCAGUCGGACAAACGGUACAAAAGGUAGAUAUACCAAAGGUCCUACCGAUGAUAUUUCCGGUAAGAUAGAUCAAAUGGAAACUAGUAUUACCGUUCAUACAUACCAGGAUCAUCUCGACGUUAUAUAUGACGUGACGCGUACACAGACAGCGCACUUGUACCUAGGCUCCAAGGACCUUAUCGGUUUAGGGAGUUGUCCUUUGGCUUCGAGAAUUUUUAUAUUAAUAGUUAGCGCAAGCUUUGCCAGACAGCCAGGGCACAGGUAUGACAUGUGAAAGCCC